UAAGGUGCUGAAGCGUUCCAGGCGUUCGUCUCCUGCAACACCACGCAGAGUUAGAUUGCACAUUUUUCGUUCCUGGCUUUCUCAUCCCCCAUGCCUUGGAUAAGAUUAAUUUCAGGAUCGUGAAAAUCUCUCCGUAUCAUGGCCCACGUGAGACACUUUCGGACAUUCGUUUCAGGAUUUUACUUCUGGGAAGCAGCACUGUUACUCAGCUUGGUUGCAACAAAGGAAACAGACAGUGCAAGAUCUCGAAGUGCUCCAAUGUCACCUUCUGACUUUCUGGAUAAAUUAAUGGGGAGGACAUCAGGGUAUGAUGCAAGAAUCAGACCCAAUUUUAAAGGCCCUCCUGUUAAUGUCACAUGCAACAUAUUCAUAAACAGCUUUGGCUCUAUCGCUGAGACGACAAUGGAUUACAGAGUCAAUAUCUUCCUUCGUCAGAAGUGGAACGAUCCUCGCCUUGCAUAUAGUGAAUACCCUGAUGAUUCUUUAGACCUAGACCCUUCCAUGUUGGACUCCAUUUGGAAACCUGAUUUGUUCUUUGCCAAUGAAAAAGGUGCCAACUUUCAUGAAGUUACUACAGACAAUAAAUUGUUAAGAAUUUUCAAGAAUGGAAAUGUUCUUUACUCAAUAAGAUUGACAUUAACACUUUCUUGUCCAAUGGAUCUCAAGAAUUUUCCAAUGGACGUGCAAACAUGUAUAAUGCAACUGGAAAGCUUUGGGUACACAAUGAAUGAUCUCAUUUUUGAAUGGCAAGAUGAGGCGCCUGUACAAGUGGCCGAAGGACUCACUUUGCCCCAGUUUCUGCUGAAAGAAGAGAAAGAUUUACGAUACUGCACUAAACAUUACAACACAGGCAAAUUUACAUGUAUAGAAGUGCGAUUCCAUCUUGAACGACAAAUGGGAUACUAUCUGAUCCAGAUGUACAUUCCCAGUCUCCUGAUCGUGAUUCUAUCCUGGGUUUCAUUCUGGAUCAAUAUGGAUGCCGCUCCAGCCAGGGUAGCCUUGGGAAUAACUACUGUUCUGACUAUGACCACACAGAGUUCAGGAUCUCGAGCGUCCUUACCAAAGGUUUCAUAUGUCAAAGCUAUUGACAUUUGGAUGGCAGUAUGCCUCCUUUUUGUGUUUUCAGCACUUCUGGAAUAUGCGGCUGUAAAUUUUGUAUCUAGACAACACAAAGAACUUCUGAGAUUUCGACGAAAGAGAAAGAAUAAGACAGAAGCUUUUGCAUUGGAGAAGUUUUACCGUUUCUCAGACACGGAUGAUGAGGUAAGGGAAAGUCGAUUCAGCUUCACAGCCUAUGGAAUGGGGCCAUGUCUGCAAGCAAAAGAUGGUGUGACCCCAAAGGGCCCAAACCAUCCUGUCCAGGUAAUGCCGAAAAGCCCUGAUGAAAUGAGGAAGGUCUUUAUCGACAGAGCCAAGAAGAUUGACACCAUCUCUCGAGCUUGUUUCCCAUUAGCCUUUUUGAUUUUUAACAUUUUCUACUGGGUUAUCUAUAAAAUUCUUAGGCAUGAGGAUAUUCAUCAGCAACAAGAUUAAGCCUCCGGGGGCAUGCAAGUGCGAACGAUCAAUUCAAAGGAAAGUUUCUUUGCCAUGGGUGUGUGUAUGUGUGUGUGUGUGGUAUACAAAUAAGGACCAUCAAAUUAAAGUGGCAUAUGGGAAGGUAUUAUUAUGAUUUGCUCUGCAAAGUCACAGGCAUAUUAAGAGGCUCUUAAUGGA